UCAGAUUGUCGACCAGCACGCGAGGUAUCGCCAGUUCGCACGAUGUCCCACACUAGCGGAGCGAGCUCUUCGAGCUCGCCUUGCGCAGCAUGUAAAUUUCUACGACGGAAGUGCACGGCCGAGUGCGUAUUCGCACCUUACUUUCCUGCAGAUCAGCCUUUGAAGUUUGCGAAUGUGCAUAGAAUUUUCGGGGCCAGCAAUGUCACCAAGAUAUUGCAGGACUUGCCAGAAUCGAGCCGAGCAGAUGCGGUGACCUCGUUGGCUUUCGAGGCCGAGGCGAGAAUGAAGGAUCCGGUUUACGGAUGUUCGGGCGCCAUCUCGUUGACGCAGACAAGAAUCUUGGAGUUGCAAGAUGAAGUUCAGGAACUGCUGGACCAAGUAAACAAUUUGGAAGAAAAGAAGCGCACGGGACAGAUAUCUCAAUAAUCCUCGUUAACGAAGAUUAUUAAGAUAUUCCCCGGUUGAGGGAUUGGGGGUACUACUUGACUGCUCAGUCUGUCCCGGGCGCUUCUUUUCCUCCAAAAAGUUUACUUGGUCCAGCAGUUGGGGUUGCCAGGAUGGUUUCGUUUCGUUUCAUGUUUGUGUUUCGUUUCGUGACAUGUUUUGUGUGUAAUUAGUCAAACCGUAAUAGCACGUUGCAGACUACAAUGGAUCUCAGGAAUAUAGUAGCCCUGUUAUUAAAGUCAUCUUUGCAUCGCAGUCACCAGUGUGGCCUCCCGCUGCCUUUGUGGCAAGCGCAACCCUGAGGUCACUCAUGAGGGAACAGCAAUUCAAAACAUGGGGUGCUUCCAGAAUGUACAUAUCAGUAGGUCUACAUCGGCGAGAUCUGACGCUACUUGUUAUCACUGGGAGGGUGAGGUGCUCAGCUGGAGAAAACGCGACUGUAAGCGCCUGUAAGCGCAACCCCAAGUUAUAGCACAACGAUGAGCACUAUAAGAAGAACAGCAAGGAGUACCACGGCAAGGACGAGAAGCAUGACCACGACGACGACCACAAAUACAGAAGUGAUGCUGAUAGACAUCUCGGGGAUCAUGACAAAGACGGCCGACAUCAACGUAGCAGAGAUGGAAAGAGGAAGCAAGAGGAAGGAAGCGACUGCGCCUCGAAGUGGAACAAAGGACGCAAUUCUUACAAGCAGAGAUGGAAAGAGGAAGCAAGAGGAAGGAAGCGACUGCGCCUCGAAGUGGAACAACCGACGCAAUUCUUACAAGCCUGCAGCGGACGUGAAGCAUCAGACACCAGCUACACCCGUCCUCCUCCUAAAUCUCCCGUUGCUGUCAUGAAAUCUGAUGCUGCAGAGUCACCACAUCCACCUCCUGUUGUGUUCCCCACACAUCCAAUUCCACUUCACAAGAGAAGCUUUUCUCCUCCUCCCCCACCAGUGGUAGUCAGGUCGUGUCCACCUAUUUUCACAGGCCCAUACUGAUUGGAGCUGCAUCUCACCUCCUCCUAUGGCCGCGGAUUUCCAAACUUCACAUACUGUUCGGUGACUGGAAUCUUGUAGUAUCUCUGAGACUGAUAAAUCCUGAUUGUUGGUAGAUUGCUCAUGUGCAUAGUGUUUGACGAUUUUCUAAUACUAGAUGAGAAGCAGUGGUCGAUCAAAAUCUUAAUAGCCAAGUUC